AUGCCUGCGCUCGGGUCUGCCUUGCUGCCAAAUGCCCUCCACGCUGAAGCCGCAGUCCACAAUGCAAGUGUAAACGGGACCACGAAAAACGCUUUACAGGUGAUAUGCGCAUGGCCGGUUUCUGGCCAGUAUGGCCCCGGCACAAGGGUUCUAUACUAUGUUCUAAUAGCCGCUUGUGUCUUUGCGCGAAAGACUGAGUGGCUCAGAAAUGCCUGCCUGGCGGCAGUGCUACUUUUUCCGGCCGUUGCUGCUUUGCACGGCGUCGUUCUUGCGGCACUCAAUCUGCAUGGGCUGUUGAGCUUGACUGUCGAGUUUUUCCGAAUCCAACCAACGGCUUGCCCGUUCGACGACGCCGGCAACCCUAUCUCGUCUGAUCCUCGCAAAUUCAAGUACAACACAAGCUGCGGCAUGACUUGCUCUGAAGACAAAGGCCCGUUCUCCCCUAUGCGAAACGGUGCAGCCAGCAACAUCUACGUCAUCCCCGCCCCAGAUAAGAUCACAUUUGGCACCGCAACGCUCAUGGCCGCUGCGUGCUGCGUGCCGGCCAUUCUUUCGUUAAUAUCUAUGUGGAACAAGAUCCUCGAAAUCAACCGGAUGAACCGUUUUGGUAUUGGAAAACAGGAGGAAAAAGUUGACGAGCCAAUUGAAGGCACAAAUGGCGCCACCAUUAAGAAAAUGAAUAAGGUAAAUUCUUUGAUCAGGAUGUUUCUGAGCGCUGUAGAAAUCCCCGUGUUUGCUGCAGCAGUAAUGGGCAUCCUCAUUUUAGGCGAGAUGAAUUUUUUCAGCUCCCAAGUCCUUUACCAAACCGAGCCUGUAGCCAGUAUUGGCCAAUGGGGCCCUAUCGUUGGUGCUGGUCUAGCCGUGCUAGGAUCGCUGUACCUUGUUCUUGCUGCUGACCUCCAUGCCGUUGAAGAGGCGGAGCAACCCAAAGCCUCUUCGAAUCAGGACAACUGCUCAAUGCGCGAAAUCAACACGAUCGCAUCUGUAGAAUCUUUGCGCUCUCCAGCACGCGGCGUCGAGAUGCAGCGAAGCGCUUCCAACACUCGCUCUAUCGUUGAACACGAUGGCCAACCGAGACAAUCGUCGGCAAGGGAUUCUGGCAACAGACGUAAAGUAGCGAUUGCGUUAACUAAGUUUGUCAUCUAUCUCAGUGACGCGGCUCACGAGAGGCUUAACGACUCCGAAUUUAAGAGCGGGAAGGCUCUGGACUUCCCUGAGAUUCCUGGAGAAUUACGCCGGAACCGCGCCCUGCCUAACAUCAGAAAUCAAUACAACACAUAUCGAGACACAUAUGGGAAUGCCUCUCCCUCGCUUCGAGGACGGGCCUCAAGAGCAGGUAGCUUCACGAGUAGCAUCUAUGGGCUCGAUUUGGAGGCUUCGUCUAGGUUUUCGAGACCAGGAUCGCGUUCGCCUUCACCAACCAUCAUUUCGCGAACAUCGCACGCUAAUACGAUAACGGGUGACCGUGCUCCGCCCGAGAUUCACAAUCGCCCUCGAGCAUCCAGCGGCGGCGUUAAUGGAAACCACCGGCGGGCGACUCUGGAAGUACCAAUACAGACUCAUCACGGCUCUCCACGAAGUAACCCGUCAGGAUCACCCACGUCUCCCACGAAUUCUAACCGGCCCAUACCUGAUAUUCGCCGCCCACCCGCCAUCGUGGUUUCAUCUGAAAAUGAAGACGCCACACCUGUGCACAGAACAUCUCAGUCGCCCUCUUCCCCUUCGUCCCCGAGCCCAAUAUCGACGCCAUCAGCAGUAGCAUCAUCACCCUCAAGUCCGCGACACAUCCGCCAAUUCACCUUAUAA